AUGGUUGUAUCCAAUAAUCUACUUGUCAAUGGCCACUAUAAUCUAUUCCGAGGUCUUAAUGACUCCAUGGAACAGGGUCGAUACUGGAGUCGGCCUGUCAAAAGCUUUCGUCCUGGUACAUGUAUCGAAAAGUUAGUCCAAACAACCGGACGUUCUAGAGGGUCCUUGAUAAACACAAGGACCUCUUGGUUCGAGCAUCCAACAGAAGACGACGACGUAGUCGAGCGUCCUAUGUUGGUAUCCGUUUGUUACAAAUCAAAUAUGCCCUUUCCUAGUACUGGUGAUUCUGGUUCGAUAUACUAUGCCGUUCAAGGUUGUAUGAGUUAUCCAGUUGCCAUAUAUUGUGAACUUCAUUGCUUGCCCCCAUUAUUCCUUUCGAACAGUUACAUUACAGCCAAACACAAACUUCAACUAUCUCUCUCGAAUAUAAAUAAUAAUAAUCAAGAGAGUCAAGAACCUGGUAAUGAGAUGAAUUGUGAUGGUAUUUCAAGAAUAAUUGGUAAGACCAAUUAUGUGGGAUGUGCAACUCAGAUAGAUGGAGAUCCAAGUAAAAGAAUAUAUAUAAAAGAAAAGGUUGAUGGUCAUUUGAAAAAGUUACACUUCUGUAAUAUAGAUCAUUGCCUUAGAUAUAUUAUAUUACAUUAUGUCACCGGAAAGAAGUCAGCCAAAGGAACAAAUACAGAGUCUAGAUCGCGUUCAUUGACAGCUGAUGGAGAAGAUGAAGAUGAAGAAGAAGAAGAAGAAGAUGGUGAAGAUGAAGAAACUCAGAGCACACCCCCUCCUGCCCCAUCUGCCGCCACCAAGAAAAAUGCUGCUUCAAAGACAGUUGCUAAACCAGCUGCUAAACAAGCUAAGAAAAGUUCUUAUAAAAGAAAACAAAGUGGAAAUUCAUCAUUUUAUUGUUCAGUAAUUGAGAGAUUGCCUUUAUUUCAAGAAUUAGUUGGAAUAGAAUAUCAUGUUUAUUGUUCUAUUUUAGAGUCAUAUGAAAAAGUACAUCUGCAGCAGAAUGUUUUACCUGCUGAAGAUGCUCUUCUUUUAGUAUUUCUUCAUUUUAGACAUUAUCCUAAUAUGAUUCUAUUAUCAUCAAUUUUUGGAAUAUCUCCAUCUACUGGCCAUAGAUAUAGAAAGAAAAUUCAAGAAUUUCUUUAUCAUUUAUUCUCUCCUGAGAUAUCUAUGAUGACUCCUGAAAGAAGACAACAGGAAGCAGGUUAUUUGUUCUUGACUCCCAAGAUACCUUACGUUUUGAUUUUGGAUGGAACUGAACAACCAACUUAUAAUUCAAGCUCGCCUGACAAAGAUUCAUUGUAUUACUCAGCAUUCAUAGGUUAUUUUGAUAAUAUCCCUGUCAAAAUUUGA